AUGUUACAGAAGUAUUUAUUUUGCAGUCAAAGGCUUGUAUCAACCAAACGAGCAAUGAGUACGAUCCCUAAGACAUUCAAAUCGAUUAUAUAUUCGAGACAUGAUGUAGAAGAUUGCACUGGUGUGCUCAAAUUACAUAACUACGAACCCAAACAGUCUAUUGAAGAUAAUAUUGUUCUACGUACUCUAGCUUUCCCUGUGAAUCCAUCGGAUAUCAAUCAGUUGCAAGGUGUAUACCCUUCGAUCCCUGAUAAGACCUUGGAGUAUGGGACCGAAGAACCGAGUGCUAUAGCUGGUAACGAGGGUGUGUUUGAGGUCGUCCAUGUGCCUCAGGACGGCAAUGCACAGGAGUUUGCAGUUGGUGACCUGGUGAUUCCGUUGAGAUCCAAUCAGGGAACUUGGACAAAUUACAAAAUCAUUGAAGAUCCAAAGGAAAUAAUCAAAGUCAACGGACUUGAUCUACUUACUGGCGCUACUGUAUCUGUCAACGGAUGCACUGCAAUGCAGUUGGUUAACGAUUAUGUCGAUUGGAGUUCUUCUCCCUCUGAAAAUCAAUGGAUAGUACAAAAUGCAGGCACGUCUGGGGUUUCAAAACUAGUAACGCAGAUUGCAAAAGCAAAGGGGAUCAAGACGUUGAGUGUCAUUAGAGAUAGAGACGAUUUUGAAGAGGUUGCGGAAGAUUUAACCAACAAAUAUGGAGCCACAAGGGUCAUUUCAGAGACUGAAAAUAAUGAUAAAGCAUUUAAUAAAACGGAACUUCCUAAACUAUUAGGAAACGAUUACGCGAUUAGACUAGCUUUGAAUUCUGUUGGAGGUAAAUCGUCCACUGCUAUUGCAAGAAAGUUAGCCAAGGAUUCAUUGAUGUUGACGUAUGGAGGAAUGUCGAAACAACCAGUGACGUUGCCAACGUCACUAUUUAUCUUUAAAAAUCUUGAUUCCAAGGGAUUCUGGAUAACAGAAAAUUACAAGAAAGACCCUUUUAAAAAACAGAAAGACGUCGCAGCCUUCAUCAAACUAUACAACGACAAUAAGAUAGUUAAACCUGAUGAAACAAAAGAUUUCCAAAUAACAAAUUGGGACACUCAAAAUGAUGAUGAUAUAACUUUAUUGAAUAAAAUCAAAAACGCCAUUAAAGCAAAGGGCAAAAAACAAAUGAUUGUGGUCAAUUGA